CUUCCAUAUCCCAAUGCUUUGGUUAAAGCAACAGCCAUCAAACCUGGCCACCUUUACCAAUGCAAAUGGAGAAAAGGGUUUUAUCUUGAACUUUAGUGUUGCUGAUGGAACUGAGGCCAUGCUUGUCACUCUUAGUGAUGAAGCAAAAAUGCCAACUAUCAAAGACGGAAGGACCCUACAAAUAAGAAAUUUCAUUGUGUAAGGAAGUCGACUUGUACUGUCCAAACAAUAAAAAAUUAUGGCAGGACCAGCUGUACAAGUGCCAGAAUCUUUAAAGGAAAAAGCAGUUACCAUAAUCAUGCCACCAUCACCUACAAAAACCUUGAAGGAUGCAAUGUCAUCGCCUGUUAGAGAAAUCCUGACUGUUCAAGGGCAAAUUAUUCGUGAUGAAGCAAUCAAAACAGUGAAAGUUGCCCAGAAGGACACUAAGAUUAGAGCAUUGACCUUAGAAGAGAAUGGACAGACAAUGGAACUAACUCUUUGGAGAGAACUGAGUAAACAAGACUUGAAGAUAGGGCAAUACAUUGAAGUUACUCAUUGUCUUGUAUCUGAAUGGCUCAGAAAGAAGAGUCUCAACUCCACAAGAAACACCACCAUCAAGGCUGUACAACCUAAAGAUAUGGUUGUAACCGGAAAUGUCGAAGCUCUGUCAAUGACGGACACCCACUGUGAAAUGUGUGUCAAGGAAGAUGACAUAUAUAAAGACUUUAUUGUGGAUCUGGACAUGGUUCGUGCCCAAGUUCAAAGAUAUGUGGAAGAAGCCGGAACUUUUAACUUACAACAGCUAGAAAAUAUGAUUGUUGACAAACUUCUCUUCCCUGUGAAGCUCGUCAUCAACGGCACAACAGUCAUUUCCUUUGAAUUGUUAUAAACACUUGCCAACAUUCCUACAUUCGAACCAUAUCAAAAUAAAUACUUUUUGUAAGAACUGUUAAAUUACUAUAAAAAAAGUCAGUAUGAUUAUUGAUUAGCUAUCAUGACAUCUCUUCAAAUUGACAUUUGUAAACAGGUUUAUUAAAUUUGUAAUAUUUCACUUACCUUAUUUUUACCUUUUCUGAAACACCAUAACUGUAUAUAGAUCUAGUUUAAUUUCUGGUUGUAAAUAUUUAAUGAGCAAAUGCAAACAGCAACUGUUUACAGAAAUACCGGUACAUGCUUUUCUAACUUUGCAUGCACACAGUGGUUAUACAAGUUGAUUAAUUUUGUUAACUUUGAUAGUUAGUCUACUUUUAUUGUUUUUGUUUCAAAAAACCAUAUGACCCUUUCAUCCAAUCUUCAUUUGGGAUAUACAGAUUGAUUUCUGUUAAUUAUGUUGGUUUUUCCCAUUUUAGUAAUACUCUUACUUGAUGCAUAUUGUUAGUUUUAGUUGUAUUUUUGUUGUUUUCAUCUUCAUAACCAUAUAACUCAAUUGUUCAGUCUAUAAGAGACAUUCACAUAUGGUUAUUUCUUUGACAUAGAUAUAUGGUGUGUUUAUAUAUAGAACAUGUUUGUUUAUACUUUACUUUUUUUGUUUCUGAUACUACCCUUACUUGAUGCAUAUUCUAGUAGUUUAGUUAUAGUUUACAUACACAGCACAAAAUCUAAGCAAUAAUUAUCUUGCUGAAAGAUAAGUGAAAUGUAAUGCAACUUGAUCACGAAAUACGCUAUAGACUAUAAUCUCUGCAUGCCAUUUUACAAUUCAUCCAUUUCUUUCUUUGAAAUGUGUACAUGUUCUAAAUAUGAAAAGAACAUACUGCCAAAUAAUUUGUGCCAAAUUUUCAUUGCCAUUGUCAAUAUACCAGUUGACAUUCAGUUCAUCUUAGAAAAACUAAUUCUCCCAAUCCACUCUAAUAACAUAACCAAAAUAAAAAACCUUUGUGUAAAUCAUUAUAUUGUUAUCUAUUCUUUAUAUAUAUCUCAUGAUAGAUAAACUUCCAUUAUUUUGUUUAUCUCUAUUUUCCAAACUGAUAUACUCUCAAAUAUACAAGAUUCUGUAUUGUUAUUAAAAAGUUCUUCAUCUUUUAUCAAACCUAGCUAUGUGUUCAAUAAACAUUUGCCUCUUGAUUUCAUUUUGUUGUUUUACCAUACCUAAAGAAAUCAGACAACAGUAGCAUCUUGAUAAACCAACCCAACUU